AUGCCUCACUUUAAGCACCUCCACGUUUUGCGCUAUGGAGCCCAGCCAGUUGGUCCAGGAGAAGUUAGAGAUGCCGUAUUGAACAUGCUGCCAGGAAGGGGGCAGCUGAGCAGAGAGCCUCGGGCAGCUGGAUUCCUCAUCACUAGCCGGCCCAUUGAGCUUCAGGCGCUGCAGGUGCGAGCAGUCGUUGAGGAAGUCGAGAGUCCAGGCUUCGUCCUCCUGCUCCUCAUCGGUGACCACGAAGCCCCGCAGCUUGAUGCUGAAGGAGGAGAGGGCGGGGCUGAAGCGAGCGACCAAGGGGCGGAGGGUGGGGAGCUGCUGCAAGUUGGUGAAGAUGAGGUGGAGGGAAGUGAUGCUCUGGCCAUGGCGAGUGAGGAAGUAGCGUAA